GCAGCAGCUAGGGCCCCAGCCGGCCGAGUGAAGGAUUCAAUGAGCCGAACGCCAUGGCAUUCAAUCAGCCGCGCUGCCAGCGGGGAGGCCGUCAGAAGCUACAAUCGCUCCAUCAAUUCCUGCGCCAAAGCUUCCCAGUGGAUCGCUGCCCUGCACUUGGCCCGGGAGAUGCUGACAGCGGACAUCAGCCCCACCAUCAUCACCUUCAACAGCCUUCUCAAUGCCUCGGCACGAGCUGGCCAGUAUUUCAUUGCCAUGGCGCUUUUGGACACCAUAGUCGCACUGCAAGUGCUCCCGGACGUCAUUAGCUACAGCAGUGCGAUUCGGGCAUGUGAGGAGAACAGCCUGUGGCUUGAGGCGGUGGGCUUGUUGCAUACGAUGGACCAAGCUCAGAUCACGCCCAACGGCAUCAGCUACAACAGCGUUAUAAGCGUAUGUCAAGGGUGCGGCUUGUGGAUGAUCGCAUUGGAUAUUUUGCGCUCCAUGGAGAUUCGCAGCAUUCUGCCAGAUAUCUUCAGCUACAAUAGCGCGAUCUCCUGCUGCAAAAGCAGCGGGCGCUGGCAACAGGCGCUGUCGCUGUACAGCUGCUUGCCUUCGGCCAGCCUCCAGCCCGACCUCUACACCUGGAACAGUUUGCUGAGCUCCUGUGAGUCUGAUCAAUGGCGCGUUGCUCUGCGAGUCUUUGACGCCAUGCUAUCCGUCGAUAUGGUCCCAGACAACAUCAGCUACAAUAGCAUCAUCGCAGCUCUUGCUGCGGAAGGCCAUUGGACGUUGGCCCUGGAAUUUCUGUCGGGAGUCACGAAGCCCAGCUUGGGCAUGGUGAGCAACAGCAUCCUUGCCGCUUGCGAGGCCCAGGAGUGGCCCGCGGCAGUGCAGCUGCUUAUGGACAUGCCCGGGUUGAAUCUUUCAGCUGACGAAUGCUGCUUCAGCAGUGCCAUAAACAGCUGCCGGCGGAGCACCUGCUGGCAGAUUGCUCUCAGCCUGCUCCAGUCGAUGGCCGUGCAUUUGCGGUCAGACUCGGUUUGCUACAACUGCGCGAUCGCGUGCUGCCACUGGCAAUGGGCCUAUGCUCUACUUGGCAGGGCGCUGGGGGACGGAGUGGCGGACAGACUUGGCUUUCACAGCGUCAUCAAUGCGUGCAGAGGUGAGUGGAGAUCAGCCCUGGAGCUCUUCACCGCCAUGAAGCGGUGGAACAUUCGGCGCGAUGAGGUGUCAUACAACAGCAGCAUCAGCACAUGUGAGAAGGGCGGGCAAUGGAUCCACUCAUUGACCUUGCUGCUCUCCAUGAAUGUCUCCCGAGUGGCACCAGGCUGUAUCAGCUGCAGUGGGGCCAUCAGCGCGGGCGCGAGGCGCGCGCGCUGGCGCAGGGCCUUGGGCCUGCUCCGCUUCGCGACCCUGCGGCGCAUGGAACAUGAUGUGAUCAGCGUCAAUGGGGCCAUCAGCGCGGGUAGCCCACAGAUCGCUCUGAGCUUGUUAAGGCAGAUGGAAAGCCAAGCCAUGCGCCCAAGCGGGGUGAGCUGCAAUGGGGCCAUCAGUGCGUGGGAAGGCAGUCACUGGAUGAUGGUUCUGCAGCUCCUCAGCUCGCAGCUACAGCGAGAUGUGGUCAGCUUCAACAGCUCUAUCAGCGCCUGCCAGAAAGCUCGGCACCAGGAGGAGGCCUUGAAACUGCAGGUCCAGAUGGAGGAGGAGGCGCUGAGCCCCAACGUCGUGACCUUCAACGCGAGCAUGGCCUGUGACUGGCGCCAAGCCUUGGAGCACCUAGACGCUCUGCAGAGCAAAGACUUGGAGCCGGACCUCAUCAGCCUGAACUGCGCCAUGGUCCCCAUGCGCUCCGCCUGGCCUGUGGCCCUCAGCCUGUUGGCGCACGCCAACGCAAUGCAGCCGCAGGACCUCAGCUUCAACUGCGCGCUUGGGUGUUUGCCGAGCUAUGCCUGGCUGAGUGCUGUGGGCCUGCUGGGAUCUAUGGGGCGCAUGGUGCUACAACCCAACGAGCUCACCCUCACGGGCGUGGUGAAUGCAUGUGAGGGAAGGGCCGCGAAGCCUUGUGUGCAGCUUCUUCACUGCUUGAACGCACGACUCCUGUGAGAGCCGGCGCAUCGAUCCGGCUGUUUGACCGACAUGGGUGGGGCAUUCUUCCGAAACCCCGGGAGGAG